CGGCAGCCGCUGUGCCCGCGCCCGCAGCGCCUGGAGGAACGCUUGCGGCAGGCGGUGGAGCAGGGUAUCAGCGACGUGCGCGUGCAGCCCGCGUCGCUUGACGUGCAGGGCAACCGCCACCGUUCCUUCCGCGACGCCAUUCUGAUGAUGCGAGAGGACGCGUGGCCGGACUGGCCAAUCCGAGGCCCACGGACCGUCCUGUGGGUGCUGAAGUUCAUGGAACAAAAUGGAGGAAGGCCCAUGGGCCGUCAUAUGCGAUUUCGGACCGAGGCCAAGUUGUCGUCGUCCGACGUGGUGGUUGACGAACAUGAGAGAGCAUGUCGGAUGUUGGAGCAGAUGGUGUUCUACGAUCAGCUCAUGGUCACCAACCUGGCGUGUGCCGAAUCGUUGUGCCGUGUGAUUCAAGUGCAGGAAGAACGAUACCGUGAUAGGCUGGCUGGGGGGUCGGACAGUGUGGCCGACAACCAUCUGUACAUGGGGACGGACAUGAUUCGAGGAUGUGUGUGCGUGAGCCCCCAGCUGGCCGAUUUCGUGAAGGAUCAACUCUCGAAGGAGCACCAGAUCUCGAAGGAGCGCCGCAAGGCGCGAGAGGAGCGGGCCCUGGCCAAGAAAGGCGCCAAUAAAGGCGGCAAGGAUGGUCCAGG